UCUUGUAAGUGGACAAAUAAGCAGCGCACGCUGACGUUUUGCUCGCGUGGCAUCAGCGCAGUGCACCGGCACCUUUUGGAGGACAUGAAGAAGUUAAUGCCGCACAGUGUGGCAGAAGUCAAGUGGGAGAAAAGCUUGUCACUGGACAAUAUUCCGGAAGCGGCGGAGAUGAAGAACUGCAACAACGUGAUGUACUUCGAAGCCCGCAAGCACAGCGAUUUGUACAUGUACUUGGCCAAGGCGGUAGGCGGUCCGACUGUGAAGUUCCGUGUGUUGGACGCGAUUCCGAUGCUGAGCACUAACUUUCUUGGAAACUGCAUCCGCAACAGCCGGCCACUGCUUGUGUUUUCCAAGGAGUUUGGCGAGGAACCGCACUUGAAGUUGAUUAAGGAACUAUUCGUGCAGAUCAUCGGGUGCCCACAGUACCACCCGAAGUCCAGGCCGUUUCACGAUCACGUCUUACUGUUUGCUUGGGCGAACGACGGCAUCUACGUGCGCUCCUAUCAGAUCUACGACGAGCAAAGCAGCAAUGUGAUCUCCCGGCAGCAACUGCGCGAGAUUGGCCCCCGCUUCUUCUUAGUUCCCUUGCGUAUCUUCGAUGACGCUUUCCGCGGUAAAACGCUGUGGCAACUUGCAGAGUCUAAACGGCAAGAGCUGAAGAAGGUGAAUAAAGCUUGA